AUGGAUGUAGCACUCGAGUUCCUCGAUCCCCUCAUCCUGGAUAAGGCCUACGCCUGGGCCCUACCACAUCCCGGAGCCGGCUUCAGCAACUCGACAGAUGCGGCUUAUUCCAGCCUGUCCGGCGCCGACAGUGCGCCCACGUCGCUGUGGCCGCGCGACAACAUCUACCGCCAGAUCACAUCGCUGCUGGUCAUCACACAGGUCGGCGCCACCUCGCUCUACCUCAUCUUCAGCGCCCUCUCCUACUACCUGAUCUUCGACCGGCGCCUCGAGUACCACCCGCGCUUCCUCAAGAACCAGGUCGCCCAGGAGAUCAAGUCGUCGCUGUCCGCCGUCCCCGUCAUCAACAUCCUCACCCUGCCCUGGUUCCUCGCAGAGGUCCGCGGCAAGAGCCUGCUGUACCAGGACGUGGGCGACUAUGGCUGGUCCUGGCUGCUGAUCUCGUCGGUCCUCUACAUGGCCUUCAACGACAUCGCCAUCUACUGGAUCCAUCGCCUCGAGCACCACCCCAGUGUGUACAAGUACAUUCACAAGCCACACCACAAGUGGAUCGUUCCCACCCCAUGGGCUGCCCUGGCGUUCCACCCGCUUGAUGGAUACGUUCAGUCUCUCCCAUACCAUGUCUUCGUCUUCAUCUGCCCCAUGCAGCGCUACCUGUACAUGAUCCUCUUCGUCGCCGUCCAGAUCUGGACCAUCCUGAUCCACGACGGCGACAUGAUCACGGGCCACUGGACCGAGAAGUUCCUCAACAGCCCCGCCCACCACACCCUGCACCACAUGUACUUCACCGUCAACUACGGCCAGUACUUCACCUGGGCCGACACCUACUUCGGCUCCCACCGCGCGCCCCAGCCCGAGCUCGACCCCCUCCACGACGCCCUCGAGGUCAUGCGCGCCAAGGGGCUCGUGGACGAGAAGGGCAACCCCAUCAGCAAGCCAAAGGGAGAAUGA